UCUCCCCCGCCCCCUUCCCUCGCCUUCUGCUGACGCUGACGUCGGAUGAGGGAGCUGGAGGGACGCUUCGACCGCUGCCAGGAGGCUCCGGUGAGGGCCGGGGCUCCGAGGCAAGCCAUCAGGAGCCUGCAUUGAUGCCCUGGCUCUGAAGCUACUUGGCUUUGUUCUCUCAGACCUGUUAGUCACCUCCCUGGAUCACAGUAGAAAAAGAAGAAGAAGAAAACAUGUCAGGACACAAAUGCAGUUAUCCUUGGGACUUACAGGAUCGAUAUACUCAAGAUAAGUCAGUAGUAAAUAAGAUGCAGCAGAAGUAUUGGGAAACGAAGCAGGCCUUUAUUAAAGCCACAGGGAAGAAGGAAGAUGAGCAUGUCGUUGCCUCUGAUGCGGACCUGGAUGCCAAGCUGGAGCUAUUUCACUCAAUUCAGAGAACCUGUUUGGACUUGUCUAAAGCAAUCGUACUCUAUCAAAAGAGAAUAUGUUUCUUGUCUCAAGAAGAAAACGAACUGGGAAAAUUUCUCCGAUCCCAAGGCUUCCAAGAUAAAACCAGAGCAGGAAAGAUGAUGCAAGCAACAGGAAAGGCCCUCUGCUUUUCUUCCCAGCAAAGAUUGGCUUUGAGAAAUCCUUUGUGUCGAUUUCACCAAGAAGUGGAGACUUUUCGGCACCGGGCCAUCUCAGACACUUGGCUGACGGUGAAUCGCAUGGAGCAGUGCCGGACUGAAUACAGAGGGGCAUUAUUAUGGAUGAAGGAUGUGUCACAGGAGCUUGAUCCAGACCUCUACAAGCAAAUGGAGAAGUUCAGGAAGGUACAAACACAAGUACGCCUUGCCAAAAAAAGCUUUGACAAGUUGAAGAUGGAUGUAUGUCAGAAAGUGGAUCUUCUUGGAGCAAGCCGAUGCAAUCUGUUGUCUCAUAUGCUAGCAACAUACCAGACCACUCUGCUUCAUUUUUGGGAGAAAACUUCUCAUACUAUGGCAGCCAUCCACGAGAGCUUCAAAGGUUACCAACCAUAUGAAUUCACUACGCUAAAGAGCUUACAAGACCCUAUGAAAAAACUGAUUGAGAAAGAAGAAAGGAAGAAGAUCACCCAGCAGGAAAGUGCAGAGGCCACCGUGGAGGAACCCAGGCAGUUAAUUUCAUUAGAGGAUGAAAACCAGCACAAGGAGUCUUCUGGUUUUAAGACUGAAGAUGGAAAAAGCGUUUUAUCUACCUUAGACAAAAGCUCUACACAUAAUGCAUGCUCAGAUGAACUAUUAGACAUGAAACCCGAGGAAGGUGCUUGCCUGGGCCCAAUGGCAGGGACCCCAGAACCUGACGGUGCUGACAAAGAUGACCUGCUGCUAUUGAAUGAGAUCUUCAAUGCUUCCUCCCUGGACGAGGGUGAGUUCAGCAAGGAGUGGGCUGCUGUGUUUGGAGACGACCGGCUGAAGGAGCCAGUGCCCACUGUGGCCCCAGGAGAGCCAGACCCCCGGCCCCAGAUGGGCUCAGGAUUCCUUCCUUCACAGCUUUUAGACCAAAACAUGAAAGACUUACAGGCCUCACUACAAGGCUGGUCAGAGAGCAGUGUCAGUCCUCCUCCUACUCCAUGGCCAGCACCACAGGCAAGCAGUCCAAAUGACAACAGCCCUGCAACGAAAGAGCCUGCGAAGGCUGCCUCGGACCUGACUGCCUGGUUCAGCCUCUUCGCUGACCUCGACCCAUUAUCAAAUCCUGACGCUGUGGGGAAAACUGAUAAAGAACACGAACUGCUCAAUGCAUGAGUGUGCAGCCUCAUGGAGGGAGCCCACAGGCCACUCCUCGGCCACACACCUGCGGGCACGCAGACAUAUGAAGUGAUCAGUAUGCUGUUUUAAUAUUUACGUGCCAUUUUAAUAAAAUGAGAGGGUCAGAGGCCCUGUUUAUAUUGGUAUAA